CCCCAAGAAAAAGAUUUCACGUUGGGAAGGGGUUGCGCGCCGUCCGAGGGGCCGGAAGCCAGGCUGACCGCUGACCCUUCCACCUGUCAUCGCCCAGAACGAGAUCGAUGAGCUGAGAAACGAAAUGGACGAGAUGAGGGACACUUUCUUCGAGGAGGAUGCCUGUCAGCUGCAGGAAAUGCGCCACGAGUUGGAGAGGGCCAACAAGAACUGCCGGAUCCUGCAGUACCGCCUCCGCAAGGCCGAGCGCAAACGGCUCCGCUACGCGCAGACCGGCGAGAUCGACGGGGAGCUGCUGCGCAGCCUGGAGCAGGACCUGAAGGUGGCCAAGGAUGUAUCUGUGAGACUUCACCAUGAACUGGAAAACGUGGAGGAAAAGAGAACAACAACAGAAGAUGAAAAUGAGAAACUGAGGCAACAGCUUAUAGAAGUUGAAAUUGCAAAGCAAGCCCUACAGAAUGAACUGGAAAAAAUGAAAGAGUUGUCGUUAAAAAGAAGAGGAAGCAAAGAUUUGCCAAAAUCAGAAAAAAAGACUCAACAGACUCCCACAGAGGACAACGAAGACCUGAAAUGCCAGCUGCAGUUCGUCAAAGAAGAAGCCGCUCUGAUGAGGAAGAAGAUGGCCAAGAUUGACAAAGAAAAGGACAGGUUCGAGCACGAGCUGCAGAAGUACCGGUCCUUUUACGGGGACCUGGACGGCCCCCUGCCCAAAGGGGAAGCCGGGGGCCCGCCCAGCACCAGGGAGGCCGAGCUCAAGCUGCGGCUGCGGCUGGUGGAGGAGGAGGCCAACAUCCUGGGCCGGAAGAUCGUGGAGCUGGAGGUGGAGAACCGAGGGCUGAAGGCGGAACUGGACGACCUGCGGGGAGACGACUUCAGCAACGGCUCGGCCAACCCGCUGCUGCGCGAGCAGAGCGAGUCGUUGUCGGAGCUGCGGCAGCACCUGCAGCUGGUGGAGGAUGAGACGGAGCUGCUGCGCAGGAACGUGGCGGACCUGGAGGAGCAGAACAAGCGCGUCACCGCCGAACUCAACAAGUACAAGUUCAAGUCCUCGUCGGGCGCGGGCCACGACAGCAGCGCGCGGCUCCACGACAGCGCCAAGAGCGAGGCGCUGCAGGAGGAGCUGAAGGCGGCGCGCCUGCAGAUUAACGAGCUGAGCGGCAAGGUCAUGCAGCUGCAGUACGAGAACCGCGUGCUCAUGUCCAACAUGCAGACAUCCGCUCGGAGGCCGAGCGCCUGGGCAAGACCAUCGACCGGCUCAUCGCAGACACCAGCACCAUCAUCACCGAGGCGCGCGUCUACGUGGCCAACAGGGACCUGUUCGGCCUGCUGGACGACGAGGACGACGGCAGCCGCAUCCGCGAGCACGAGCUGCUCUACCGCAUCAAUGCGCAGAUGA